AUUCAACAACUCUUUCACUAGACCCGACCCUACCAAACAACGAACUAAUCGUACAUUUCAGUCAUACUUUUCAAAAGCCGCCCUUUUUCAUUACGACUACAUGUUAAUAUCUUUUUUGUAUUGAUCCCCUAGUGAAACAACCAAGAGAAAGAAAGGAGAAGAAAAAAAGGUGUCAUGGAUAUUCAAACUUUGUUAGCGGCUAGUUCAGGUUCCGUUGCGAGUCGAGUCAUUUGUCAUCCAAUUGAUACUAUUACCGUUCAUAAACAAACUGUCGGGAGCUUUUCGUUUCGAAAUACGCCUUUAAAAGCCUACUAUCGCGGAUUACCGAUCUCUUUGACUCUUAUUACUCCUGCAACAUGUCUAUAUAUGUCUACUUAUGUAGAAUCUAAAAGGAGAUUAAAGGACUAUUUGGGUGACGGUGUUUUAUUGUAUUCUGCUUGCGGAAUGACUGCUGAAGUUGUCAGUAGUUUUGUAUGGACACCUCUGGAAGUCAUUAAAGCUCGCACUCAAAUUUCUCAACAUGGGGUGAUCCCGACCAUCUCAAAUUUACGAAAGCAAGAAGGAAUUAAAGGAUUCUAUCGCGGUUACUGGAUGGGUAUUGCCAUCUACUUGCCAACAACAGUAAGUUGGUGGGUAAUGUAUGAAGAGACAAAAAAGUGGUUACGAGCAAAAACAAAUUUUGAUAUUUCAAUAGUGGCGCCUCUUUCUUCGGCACUUGGUACUGUCGUAGCAACUACUAUUUCUACUCCUCUAGACAUAGUAAAGACUCGUUAUCAGGUUGCAACUUCUUCAGCCAUGCAGAAGACAGAGUUUGCAAACAUUUCCGGUAAUAAAAUUAAAAUUUCUGACGUUGCUAGGCUUCUGUUCAAAGAACACGGACUUAAAGGCUUCACUCGUGGGUUAAUGUUUCGAAUGGGAUAUAUUAUGCCUUCAGGUAUGAUUUCAAUGUCCGUCUUUGAAUCAUUUAGAGGAGGCGGUGUCAAUGAAUAAACAUUUACAAGAAACUUCAUUUCUUUUUCCUUUUAUUUUCAAUAACUUUUCUUCUUUUCAUUCCUCCGCUCCUCGUUUCUUUCAUUCAGUCCUACCGUGUACCAACUCACCAUCAACGCGUAUAUACCCAGAUUCCGAAGAUCAUUUCA